UUUUUGUCUCUGCAAGCAAAUUACAGCUAAAAGAGAAGGAAAAACAGUAAUUAUAGUUAUUGUAAUGGCUCCCAAAGACAACAAUGCAGCCCAAAUCUCGAAGAAAGGAAAUGUUAAUGGAAAUAUUAAGAGCAAUGAGGUGCAUUAUAGGGGAGUAAGGAAGAGACCAUGGGGUAGAUACGCUGCUGAAAUCAGAGAUCCCGGCAAAAAAAGCCGCGUUUGGCUCGGUACUUUUGAUACAGCAGAAGACGCUGCCAGAGCCUACGAUGCGGCGGCGCGUGAGUUUCGUGGACCUAAGGCUAAGACCAACUUUCCAUUACCAGAUGAAACGAACAGCUACAUAGGUAACAAGGGCCAGAACCAGCAGAGUCCAAGCCAAAGCAGCACCGUCGAGGAAUCCUCCAGCCCAACGGUGGAACGUGAGCUCAAGCGUGGAGGCAACAGUGUGACUGGGGUUGUUGGCAGAUUUCCUUUCGCGUGCCAUCAGCAGCUGGCUCUGGGUGGUGGCGGUAGGAUGGGCAGGGUGGCUCACGCCCGGCCUGUUCUGUUUUUUGAUGCAUUAGGGAGAGCUGAGGUUGUAAGUCAGGUUUAUCCGGUUCAGUAUGAACCGGUUGGAGUUCAGCUGAGUAUGGGAUUCGGAGGUGGGGUUCAAUUUGAAUCCGACUCUUCAUCGGUCAUUGAUCGUAAGCUAAGGAUGACUGGCCCUCUCCUCGAUCUUAAUCUUCCCCCGCCAGUGGAUGCUUGAUGGCUAAUAGCUGUUUUACGGCAAAUAUUUUCGUGUCCGCUUUUUCUCCUUAAUUUUCAGCGUGAGAGGUACGGAGCUUUGAAAAAAAAUAAGGAAAAAAAAAAAGAGAAAAAGCUGAUGAACCUUUUUAGCCUUGGUUUAUCUUUAAUAUGAUGUAAAUAAUUUAGGAUAGCGAUAUCUGUUUUUUUGCAACUGAGGGGAAAAAAUAUUCUUUCUCUUAGCUGUUUUUGUUAUAGCCUCUCAUUCAAAUAAACUAACCUCUAUUGUUUCUUUUCAAUGAAAAUGAAGUAUCAAAUCUCUGUUACUUAUUGCUAA